AUGAUUUAUAAGAAUCAUCAAAACAGUCAUCGUCCAACACGCUCUUCCUUGACCAUUGUAAUCAAGGUUGGCACAACCACCAUUUGCGAUGAGCAAACACAUUUCCCUGUGCUGUCAAACUUGUCGUCCCUUGUUGAGGCAGUUUUGAAACUCAAGUCGCUCGGCCACCGCGUUGUCCUGAUAACAAGUGCUGCCGUCGGUACUGGUCUUCGACGACUGAAUAUGAACGCCAGACCUACCAAAAUGGCCACACUGCAGGCUGUCGCUGCAGUAGGUCAAGGACGACUCAUCCGACUGUAUGAUGAUUUGUUUGGCCAAUUCCACCAACCUGUUGCUCAGGUGUUGUUAACCAAAAAUGAUUUAUCCGAUCGAGCACAAUACCUUAAUGCAGUCAGCUGCUUGGAGGAGAUUCUGGAUAUUGGUGUGGUUCCGAUCGUGAAUGAAAACGAUACCAUUUGUCCACAAGAAAUUCGGUUCGGCGACAACGACACCCUCUCCGCUAUAACCGCUGGCAUGCUUAAAGCAGAUUAUCUGUUUUUGUUGACCGAUGUCGAUUGCUUAUACACUGACAACCCUCGCACAAAUCCGGAUGCUAAGAAUGUAUCUGUGUGUCAUGAUAUUCAAGUGCUACGAGAACAAGUGUCAGUGGCAUCGCGCGGAUCCUCGUUAGGUACAGGCGGCAUGUCCACCAAACUAAUUGCAGCCGAUCUUGCCACGGCUGCAGGCGUACGCACAGUCAUCACACAUGGCGCUAAGCCAGACAAUAUUAUGAAGAUCAUACAAGCCGACGACGCGGGAACACUAAUCACGCCGCACGAGCUUGCUGUAGUCACAGGUGACAAUUUGCCUGCACGAAAUUUGCCACUCCAUACCCUCUUUACUGCCAAGGAUAACCCAUUAUACGAUCGCAAGUGGUGGAUCAAACACGGAUUACAUACUGCAGGCCGAAUCUAUAUUGAUGGUGGCGCAAUGAAAGCGGUUGUAUCCAAGAAGCAGCGUUCGAGCUUGUUUGCUGCUGGCGUUGUCGCUGUCGAAAACAGUUUCGUCGCCAAUCAAGCUGUCGUAAUUAUCCAUCGCAGAGAAAAUGAGGAUGGCCAAGUGGAGGAAGUGGAAGUUGGUAAAGGUCUGGUGAAUUAUUCGAGCCCGGAGAUCGAGCGUAUACGCGGCUGUCACAGCCAGGAUAUCACCAACAUCAUUGGAUAUAUGGAUGCCGAGUGCGUUAUUCAUCGUGAUAACCUGGUUCGAACUUUGGAAAACGUGUAA